CCUCUUUAUAAUACUUGGAUUGGAGCCAACAGGCUCCAUUAGUCUUAGCCCAAUCUAGCGGAAAAAACCGGCACUGUUGAGGACGACGACCCUGCAAACACGCAAAACGCUCUGCUGCUUCCAAUUCACAAAACCACUGCUAAAACCUUCUUUUCUCCAUCUUCCAUGGAUCAACAACAGCAGCAGCAGCAGCAACCACGACGGCGUUUACCAGAGGAACCACCGCCAGCAGCUAACGGCGAUUUCUCUUCCAUUCUCACUGUUUUCUUCGCCUUCAUCGCUAUCAUUUCACUGAUAGUGAUCCCAUCCUUAACUUCUGGCACUAAAAGUAGUUUUUCCAUCGUGCACCAAGUUCCGGAAGGUCAUGUUGGGGUGUAUUGGAGAGGAGGUGCCCUCUUAAACACAAUUACAAGUCCAGGUUUUCAUCUAAAACUACCUUUAAUCACCCACUAUGAGCCUGUUCAAGUGACACUUCAGACAGAUCAAGUGAAAGACAUUCCAUGUGGUACCAAAGGGGGUGUCAUGAUUAACUUUGAGAAGAUAGAGGUUGUUAAUCGGUUGCGUAAGGACCAUGUGUAUGAUACACUACUUAACUAUGGAGUGGAUUAUGACAACACAUGGAUAUAUGACAAGAUUCAUCAUGAAAUCAAUCAGUUCUGCAGCUCUCAUAGUCUUCAACAAGUCUACAUAGAUGUGUUUGACCAGAUUGAUGAAAAGAUGAAAGAUGCACUUCAGGUUGAUUGCACAAGAUAUGCUCCUGGAAUUGAAAUUAUAAGUGUGCGUGUUACAAAGCCUAAGAUUCCAGAGAGCAUAAGAAGGAAUUUUGAGCAAAUGGAGGAAGAACGCACUAAGGUCUUGAUUGCUAUUGAGAGACAAAAAGUAGUUGAGAAAGAAGCAGAGACGACAAAGAAAAUGGCCAUCAGUGAAGCUGAGAAGAAUGCUAAUGUGAGCAAGAUCCUCAUGGAGCAAAAACUGAUGGAAAAAGACAGUUCGAGGAGGCAGCAAGAAAUCGAGAAUCAAAUGUAUAUGGCUCAAGAAAAGAGUUUGGCAGAUGCCGCUUUUUACCGUGUGUUGAAAGAAGCUGAAGCAAACAAGUUGAAGCUCACUUCCGAAUUUCUUGAACUGAAAUUUAUUGAAGCUAUUGCUAAUAAUACUAAAAUUUUCUUUGGAGACAAGAUACCGAAUAUGAUUUUCGACCAGAGGUUGCUUGGGAAUAUUCUGCAGAGGGCACCUGGGAAUAGCGAUUGAAAAUGGAAGUCGGAAGAGCAAGCAAGGUUGAAAUGGAAUGGUUAGGUCAAGUGAAUUGACUGUGUGCUGCUAUCAAUAGGGAUUAGGAAAAUAAAUUGAUGAUUACACGUUUAAGUUCUUGUCCUUUCAGCUAGCUCUUUUGAUUUUUGUUGGCAAUCAUUGAUGAUUGCUACCGUGCAAUUGAUAUCCAUGUAUGAAUAUGAUUAUACUGUGGAGAAAAGCAAAGCAAAUAGUGACUCUCAGACUAAACAUUGUGAGAAUUAAUGGCUGUACAGAGAUUUUAUCAAGAGGGAAUAUUAACAUGUUUAAAUGUCCAAAA